AUGACAUCGCCAACACCACCCUCCGUCCUCCUGUUGAACACGACCCUCAACGUCGAUUUUGUUUAUGGCGACUCACGAGAGCACUUGGCAAUGAUCAAAGGCAACGGUACUUGCGGGAAUGGCACCAGCGACCCCAACGACCCUUACGGCACGCGCCGGCCGCAGCGCGCUUUCCACCUCCAAGUCUCCCUCUCCGCCGCGCUUGGCCUAGUGGCCUUCCUGGCCUUUUGCUUCCUUCGCCCACGAUGGAAAGGCCUCUACUCUGCGCGCAAGAAGCAGAACAACCUCGCGACAUCGCUGCCCGACCUUCCCGAUAGCUUCUUCGGCUGGGUUAUACCGUUAUGGAGGAUCACCGACGAGCAGGUGCUCGCCUCAGCCGGUCUCGACGCCUACGUAUACCUCGCUUUCUUCAAGAUGGCUAUCAAGUUCCUGCUGGUCACGCUGUUCUUUGCGUUAGCCGUCAUCAAACCAGUCCACGACACACAUCAGGACAAGGAGGGAAAGAAGUCUUCGAUUGACAAGAAGCCCAGUCUUGAGCGCAUUGAAAUACGAAGCACACUUUCGACAUUUGCCUCCGGCUACGAACAAUACACCGACUAUCUGUGGAUGUAUCUUGUAUUCGUGUACCUCUUCACCGCCCUCAUAAUGUACUUGAUCGUUUCGGAAACGAGGAGGAUAAUCGAUGUCCGGCAAGAGUAUCUGGGAAGCCAGACUACCAUCACCGACCGGACCAUCAGAUUAUCUGGUAUUCCUAUCGACCUACGGUCCGAGGACAAGAUCAAGGACUUCAUUAUGGAUCUCGGCAUCGGCAAGGUCGAGAGCGUGACACUUUGCAGGAACUGGAAAGAGCUUGACGACAAAGUCGUCGAGAGACAAGCUGUCUUGCGGAAAUUGGAGGAGGCCUGGACUGUUCAUCUUGGAAGCCGAAGCGUGGAACGAAGCUUGGAGACUCUUCCGGUGGUCCAGCCACAUCCGCCACAACAUACUGAGGAUAGCGGCAACGAGGAGAGCGAGACGAGCCACUUCCUGAGCGACGCAGAACGAGACCCUGGCCACAUCAGCCCUUAUGCGCAGCAGCGCCCGACAGCGAAGAUCUGGUACGGCCGCUUCAAGCUGAGAUAUAAGAGGGUAGAUGCCAUUGACUACUAUGAAGAGAAACUGCGCGGACUCGACGACGAUAUUCGGGCGCUGCGCAAGAAAGAAUUCGAGCCGACUCCGUUGGCGUUUGUGACUAUGGACAGCGUUGCAAGUGCGCAAAUGGCCAUCCAGGCUGUGCUCGACCCUUCGCCACUACAGCUCUUGGCCCACACAAGUCCGGCACCACAGGACGUAGUUUGGUCAAACACAUAUUUGUCUCGCGGCCAAAGAAUGUUUCGAUCUUGGUCGAUUACGAUCGCUAUUGGUGUAUUGAGCGUCUUCUGGACAGUCCUGUUCGUACCUAUCGCCGGUGCUUUGAACACGUGCUCCAUUCAAGAGGUACUGCCCGGUCUGGCAAAUCUGCUGCACGAGCACCCUAACCUCGAGGUUCUUUUCAACAAUCAACUCCCUACGUUGGCAGUCUCUCUGAUCAACGUGCUUGUACCGUUUUUGUACGAUUGGCUUGCCAACAAGCAAGGGAUGAUCUCACAGGGCGAUGUUGAGCUUUCAGUAAUUUCGAAGAACUUCUUCUUCGUCUUCUUCAACUUCUUCAUUCUCUUCACCAUACUGGGAACUGCUUCCGGUUUCCUGGCGAUGCUUGAACGCUUCGCCGAGAAGCUUACAAGCGCUACGCAAAUUGCAUACGCCUUGGCUACAUCGCUCUCUAAUCUACUCGGCUUUUACACCAACUUCAUCAUCCUUCAAGGAUUCGGAUUGUUCCCAUUCCGACUUUUGGAGUUUGGAGCCCUUUCUCUGUACCCGGUCUAUCUGAUUGGCGCCAAGACUCCAAGAGAUUACGCCGAACUGGUACAACCACCGGUCUUCAGUUACGGGUUUUUCUUGCCGCAAACUAUCUUGAUCUUCAUCAUCUGUAUCGUCUACAGUGUGUUGCAAGACUCAUGGAUGGUUCUGCUCACUGGCUUGGCCUAUUUCAUGAUCGGACACUUUGUGCACAAGUAUCAACUCUUGUAUGCAAUGGAGCACAGACAACACUCGACUGGCAAAGGCUGGACAAUGAUGUGUGACCGCGUUCUCGUCGGUGUCGUACUGUUCCAAAUCACUGUGGCUGGUCAACUGGCUCUGAAGAAGGCGUUCAAACGGGCCGUCAUGGUAGCGCCGCUCGUAGUCUGCACACUGUGGUUCCUUGUUGUGUUUGCGCGCACUUAUCGGCCACUGAUGAAGUUCAUCGCUUUACGGAGCCUGCGAAGUCCGGAACAAUCGGAGCUUGGACGCGACGUUCAAGAAGAAGCGGUUGCCAACGGGCAAGCAGGCAGACUUACACUAGAUGAAGCCCGUGAACGUGGCCUGCGGUUCCAGAACCCUAGUAUCAUCAUGCCUUUGGAUGAUGUAUGGCUACUACAGAAACAUGGAAGGCCUCAGAACGGAUCUCAUGGAUCUGGGACCGAUGAUGCUAAUGGCAGCUGGGAAUAG